CACUUUCCCAUACAAAUCUUGAAUUUGUGGAGCCUUGCCCAGUUUAAAUAACACUUAUUCAUGAACAAAGUGUAUGCAUUGUGCGGCCAUGUGAGUAAAUGUUAGCGAAGUGGGGUAAAAUUAAAGGGAAGCUGAGGAGGAAACAACGCAAGAAUAAAGGAGGGGACAAGGGGGAUCAGAUAAAGCGGUUGACCCUCGCUCCUUCAAUGACCCGAGAGAUAUCGUUCCACUAAAUUCACUGACGCACCUCCCCAGUCGAAUGCGUGGCCCGAUCAACUACGGGUCGUUCUCGCCACUAUUUCUCGCAACGCUGAGUAUGUCAAGACCGGAAAUGCACUCCUCGAAAUUACUACUUGUCCUUUUUUGUUUUCUCGCGAUCGGACGAUGCGAUGCCUCCAAAUCUGGCGGAGAAAACGAUACCGCAGCAGAAAUAGCUGCUGGCGAGAAACGACUCGGGGAUCAUAUUCGCGCGAUUUUAAAGCACUAUCAGCAAGAUGAUCCGAUAGGGCUACCUGGGGCACCGAUACCGGAUCCGAUGCCAGUACCGGAUAUGAAGCAUUCAUUUUCUAUGUACACCAUGAAUUUCAAACACGUGAAUGUGUAUGGUCUAUCUAAGUUUCGGAUAGUACAUGUGGAAUCGGAAUUAGCGCUGAUGCAAGUCGCAGUAGCGUUAAGCAUCGAAACCUUGGACAUUCGUGGAUUGUACACUCUUUCCUCUUGGCUGUCACGAUCAGCCGGUAAUUUUACCGUGAAAUUGACAGGGGUAAAUGUACAGGGUAUAGCUAGACUCGAAGUCGCCAGCGAUGGCAAGUUGCAAGCGCAGAACAUCGAUAUGGAUUUAACGUUUCAAAAAAUAGACAUGGAUUUCAAGAAUCUUGGCUUCCUGGCUUCUGUGCUCCAGGGAGUGAUCAAUUCUGUAGGCACUUUUAUUUUUGACAGUAUUAAACCUCUCAUAUUGAAGGAAGUGAACACUAACAUUCGGGGCGAGGUAAACAAACAAAUCUCACAAUUGCCGCAGUACUUCCCUAAUUCUAUAUCGCCCUUCGACAUGGCUGUCGCCGAAGCUCGCAGGCAAGUGUCUCAAAUGGGAUACGAUCCGUUCAAGGUGAAGGAUUAUAGCCAGUCCGCCGGUAUGUUCACCGUGACGUCAACACAUACUUGGAUCACCGGCCUGGCAAGCUUUUACCGGAUGGGGAACAUUACGUUAAGCAUGGAAAAUAGAACAGUGUACGCAACAAUUGACAUCGGCACUCAAGAGAUCGAAGGAAGGACGCACUGGGAAAUAAGCGUAAUCGGUGGCUUUUUAUCUAGAGCCGGAACGGUUUCUUUCACCGUACAGUACCUCAGGGUCCAAAUAAAACUGAGUCAACCCUUAGACACUCGAAAAAAGCCAAGUGUCGAAGAACUAGAUCUUGAGUUGGGUAAUAUUCAAACAAGAGUUCACGGCGCCGGUACCAUCGAUUACCUUAUGGAGGCCAGCGUGAAUAUACUGCCAAACCUUUUAAGGUAUCAGAUAAUGGAUGCGAUAGAGGGACCACUCAAAAGGCGAAUACAAGCUGAAUUGACUAAAGUGGAUGUAGAAAAAUUGAUUUACGAAAAAAUUCCUGAUAUAGAGGAACAAGCUAGGUAUCUACAAGGAAUAGUGCCACCUGAAGAAACGGUACUGGAGCAGCCGAUGUCGGCUUUAGAUAUGGAUGAACAACCUUUCUCAGAGAGCGAGGAAGACCGAGGUCCUUCGUAACAGUCGCAAGAAUUACAAAUUAUUUCAAUUAAAUCUAUUAUUUUACAAUUGAACUAUUUAUAUCUUUAUAAAUGAUAGCAUACUUAUAUGUAUAGGAAGGAUUCAUUUUAUACACAGUAAAUCGUGAUAAAAACACUG